AUGGCUUCACCAAGCGCUGACGUCCUCGGUUACGAGAAAUCCAUUUUCGACGCAGGUCUUCAUUUUGCUCGUCCUGCAUUUACUUUUCAGACUUCGCAAUGGGAGCCUUUGGCUAAAGAGACUCUCUCGGCAACUUCUUGGGGGUACAUUCAUGGGAAUUGUGGCAGCGGCUCAACUUACAGGAACAACUUGACUGCUUUCUCUCGCUGGUCAAUCGUUCCGAAUCGCCUUGUGCCUAGCCGCAAGGACAAGAAUGGUAAUGAGCAGUUCGCUGAUACUUCUACGACUGUUCUCGGCCAGAAGCUUCCAUUCCCGCUGGCUAUUGCACCUAUUGGAGUUCAGAAGAUCUUCAACCCUGAAGGAGAAGCCGCUACUGCUAGGGCCGCUGCAUCGCUUGGAGUUCCAUAUACUCUGAGCACAGCUUCGAGCACCAGUAUCGAAGAUGUUGCAGCAGAGAAUGGCAAAGGCUCACCUCGCUGGUUUCAGCUUUACUGGCCAAGCCGCGAACACGACGACAUCACCAUCUCGAUGCUCAACCGCGCCAAAGCAUCCGGCUACACGGCCCUUUUCGUCACCCUUGACACUUACGUCCUCGGCUGGCGUCCUAGUGACUUGGACAACGGCUAUAACCCAUUCAUCCACCCAGACCAUAUUGGCGUUGAAAUCGGUCUGACAGAUCCUGUUUUCCAAAAGCAGUUCAAGGAAAAGCACGGUUAUGAUAUCACCGAUGCAGCCAGUGGAGUCUAUCAGGCCGCUCAAGGCGGAUCAGCUGGCGCUAGCCUUGGUGACGCGGCAAGAGAGUGGGCCAAGAUUGUUUUCCCAGGCCAUUCCCAUUCAUGGGAAGACGUUGAGUUCUUGAAGAAGCACUGGGACGGUCCUAUUGUUCUCAAAGGAAUCCAGAGUGUUCACGAUGCCAAGAAGUGCGUUGAGGUCGGUGUUCAGGGAAUCGUGGUGAGCAACCACGGUGGUCGCCAACAAGAUGGCGGAGCAAGCAGUCUGGGUAUGCUUCCACGUAUUGUCGACGCUGUUGGGGAUAAGCUUGAUAUCUUCUUCGACAGUGGUAUCAGAUGUGGUGCUGAUAUCAUGAAGGCUCUUGCUUUGGGGGCGAAGUGCGUUCUUGUUGGAAGGCCUUAUGCUUAUGGGUUGGCGUUGGGUGGUGAGGAUGGUGUGAGACAUGUUUUGAGGGCGCUGUGUGGUGAUUUGACUAUGAAUAUGCAUUUGGCUGGACUGAGGGAUAUUAGUGAGGUGAAUCGGGAUGUUUUGGUGAAGGAGAGUGAUCUUGUGUAA